GCCAAGAAAGCAACCUGGAUGAUUGUACGUGAUGAUACAUUCUUGCCCGAUACCUUACAAAACCUAGCUGUGCGUCGUCCACCAAUCCCUAUCAUUAUCGGCACAGUGGAGGAUGAAGACGCAGAUUACGCCUUCAAGCUGGUAGCCGAUGGACAAUAUAACCAGAAUGAAGGACAAUUGUACAACUCUUGGUUGAUGGACUUUGCCAAGAAGAACAAACUAAAUGAUUCUACAGUCGCUCAGAUUUCUGACAUAAUCACGCAUAGCUACAAUAUAACAACAGGAGAUCAGAAAUACGAUGUUAGUGGAGCCAUAAUGCAAUAUACUGGUGCCAUCGGCGACGCAAACCAGCAAGGUCCUCCUCAAGGGACCUAUGGUCACGCAAAUGAGGGUGCCAUGUACGAUCCAUACACUACCACACCUGGCUAUUACUAUACAAUGCCUACGGGUUCUGUUAACCAACAAGCCAUAUAUGGAUACACAACCACACUAGCUCCGGGUUACGGUAACCAGCAGGGCGGUUACGGUACUACAACCCCAGCAGCGGGUUACGGUAGCCAACAAGGUGGUUAUAAUUCCCAAAGCGGUGGAUAUGAGGGAGGCGUGACUCCUACUCAGACAACUACCAGUUAUAGUGGUCCGAAUGUUAACUACGGUGGCGGAUACGGUGGUCCCAGUGAUAGUCAGUCCGCAACUCAAGGUGGAGGCUACGCCCCGCAAGGUCCUGGUGCGCAAAGCAGUGGACAGGGCAGUGGUUACGGUAACCAGGAUAGUGGAUACCCCACUCUAACUCCUGGAUAUGAUGCGCAAAGUGCCGGAUACGUUCCGCAAGGCAGUGGCUAUGGUAGCCAGGGUAACGGAUACCCCACUCUAGCUCCUGGAUAUGAUGCGCAGAGCAGCGGAUACCCCAUAACCAGAAUUACGGUUACACUAAUCAACAAGGCGGCUACAAUCAAGGCAGCACUUCAAUCCGAUUCUGGAAUUGUUUCACAAACUGCUUCCGAAAUUGACUCGUUCAUGCAAAAUGGUAACGAGCACGUCAGAGUUUAUCAGUUUACACACAUCACUGAUCUUGGACGACAGAAUGUCCCUGAUCUUGGAGCAUGGAAACCUGUCUACAAAGGUCAAGACAUGAUCUUCCUAUUUAUGAGUGAAACCAUUUGGGUACCCGGCUCUCCAACAUCAGCUGAUAUGCGUAUGGCGGACCAAAUGGGAGAACGUUGGACACAGUUUGCCAAGGAAGGGUAA